AUGGUCGGACUAUGUAUCUUUGCUUUGAUCAACAUCUUAGCGGCUUCCACAGGGUCUCUAUAUGCUCCUGAUUUCACCAACACACCUGGAACACAAUAUUUUGAUUUGGCAAACUAUAAAGGUUCUGCUGAUGGAUGGCAACGAGAUGAAAGAGUGCUAUUUUGUGUUCCUUUGAGAGAUGCCGCAGCACACUUGCCAAUGUUCUUCAACCACAUGAAGAACCUCAAAUACGACCAUAACCUCAUAGACAUAGCUUUUUUGGUAAGUGAUUCCAAAGAUAACACCAUGGGUGAAUUGAAGAAACAUUUGCUUGAGAUCCAACGCGAUCCUGAUGAAAAAAUGAGGUUUGGAGAGAUUGAGAUUUUUGAAAAGGACUUCGGCCAGAUCAUUGGUCAGUCUUUCAGUGAUAGACAUGGCUUUGCCGCCCAAGGACCACGGAGAAAGCUUAUGGCGCGUGCCAGAAACUGGCUUCUAUCGGUAGCAUUGAAGCCGUAUCAUUCAUAUGUUUACUGGAGAGAUGCUGACGUAGAGACGGUGCCACCCACGAUAUUGGAGGAUUUGAUGCAUCAUGACAAGGAUGUGAUUGUGCCAAAUGUGUGGAGACCAUUGCCUGACUGGCUAGGCAACCAGCAGCCUUACGAUCUUAACUCAUGGCAAGAGUCUGAAGGAGGUCUUCAGCUUGCGGACACUCUAGAUGAAGAUGCAUGCAUUGUGGAAGGGUACCCAGAAUAUCAAACAUGGAGACCUCAUUUGGCUUACUUGAGAGACCCAUAUGGAGACCCGGAGGUGGAGAUGGAGCUUGACGGUAUUGGAGGUGUGUCCAUCCUUACGAAAGCCAAGGUUUUCCGUCGCGGUGCCCACUUCCCAGCUUUCUCAUUCGAAAAGCAUGCUGAAACAGAAGCUUUUGGCAAAUUGAGCAAAAGAAUGGGAUUCUCGGUUGUUGGGUUACCCCACUACGUGAUUUGGCAUAUAUACGAGCCUUCGCUGGAUGACUUGAAACACAUGGAGUGGAUGGCUCUAGAGGAGAAGAGGCAGCAGGAGCAAGCCAAGAUUCAGAAGGUCUACGACAAGGUCUGGGGCGAAGGGUUCCUGGAUAUGCAGCUGGACUGGGAGAAGGAGAAGAACGAUAUUCUCAAGAACACUGACGUGAACCGCAAGAUCCACGUUGACUGGUCGGGCGUGGAUGACUUGUUUAUCGAAAAGGGCGACGAUAAGCAGCUUGCCGACUUCCACCCCUAA